CAGUGACAGUUGUGUAGAGAGGAAGCUCACGUGUUGCGUGUUAUCUUUUAUUUAAAACAUUUUAACUAUUGAACGAAAUAAAUAUGACUGAAGAGAAUGACUCUUCUAGCAGCGGAGAAUCGGGAGACGAGAGCCAGGAAGAAGAGCAGCAACAAGAUGAACAACAGCAAGAAAUUGGCGAGACCGAAGAAACUGUAACUUUUAAAGACUUGGGCGUAGUAGAUGUACUAUGCGAAGCAUGCCAGGAAUUAAAAUGGAAGAAUCCGUCAAAAAUCCAGAAAGAGGCUAUACCUUUAGCACUGGAAGGCAAAGACAUCAUAGGUCUUGCAGAGACAGGCUCUGGCAAAACUGGUGCCUUUGCCCUGCCUAUCCUGCAGGCGCUGCUGGAGAACCCACAGAGAUACUUUGCCCUCAUACUCACACCUACCAGAGAGUUGGCAUUCCAAAUUUCAGAACAGUUUGAGGCACUUGGAGCUAGUAUAGGAGUAAAAUGCGCUGUGAUAGUGGGAGGCAUGGACAUGGUGGCGCAGGCCCUCACACUCUCCAAGAAGCCGCACAUCAUCAUUGCCACGCCCGGUCGGCUUGUUGACCAUCUGGAGAACACUAAAGGAUUCAACUUGAAGGCUUUGAAAUAUCUGGUCAUGGACGAAGCUGACCGCAUCCUCAACAUGGACUUCGAAGUGGAAGUGGACAAGAUCCUGCGCGUGAUCCCCCGCGAGCGGCGCACGUACCUGUUCUCAGCCACCAUGACUAAGAAGGUGCAGAAACUGCAGCGCGCUUCGCUGCAGAACCCGGUGAAGGUGGAGGUGUCCACUAAGUACCAGACUGUGGAUAAGCUUCAGCAGUACUAUGUGUUCAUUCCGGUUAAAUAUAAGGACGUAUACCUGGUGCACAUCCUGAACGAGCUCUCCGGCAACUCCUUCAUUGUGUUCGUGGCCACUUGCGUCGGGGCCCUGCGCGCUGCCCUACUUCUGCGGAACCUGGGCUUGGCUGCCGUCCCGCUGCAUGGGCAGAUGUCGCAGAACAACGACUUCGCGGCCUUGAACAAGUUCAAGAAUAAGAGCAGAUCGAUUUUGAUCUGUACUGAUGUCGCUUCCAGAGGUCUGGACAUCCCCCACGUGGACGUGGUCAUCAACCUGGACAUCCCGCUACACAGCAAGGACUACAUCCACCGCGUGGGCCGCACGGCGCGUGCCGGCCGGGCUGGUAAAGCCGUCACCUUCGUCUCUCAGUACGACGUGGAGCUGUACCAGCGCAUCGAGCAGCUGAUCGGCAAGCAGCUGCCCCUCUACCCGACUGAGGAGAGCGAGGUUAUGGUGCUGCAAGAACGAGUGGCUGAGGCGCAGAGACUCACAAAGAUUGAAAUGAAAGAGCUAGAGGACAAGAAGAGCACAAAGGGCCGCAAGCGCGGCGCGGACGAUGAUGAUGAUGACACGGAGAACGCGGCGGGCGUGCGCCGGCGCAUCAAGGGCAAGGGCAACAAACAUGGCGGGAACAAAUAUGGCGGUAAAAAGAAGAAACGAUAAAUAUACAGAUUGAGUUUA